AAAUUUGCGAAUGUAUGGCUUGACCCUGAUCCAUAAGAGUCAGUGGGUAGCUUCACAGUGCAUACCCUAGGCUGUUGUGCUGGCAGACGGUGGACGUCGGAGUAUGGAGAAACAGAGAGAGAUGGAUUGGUGUGUCUCUAUGCCAAAGAUUGAACUUCAUGCCCACCUCAAUGGUUCCAUCAGAGGCUCCACUCUUCUAGAGCUUGCUAGAGGUUUGGGUGAAAAGGGUACCAUAGUUUUCUCAGAAGUAGAGCAUGCUAUCCUAAACAGUGACCGUUCACUUCAUGAAGUGUUCAAGUUGUUUGACCUAAUCCACAUUGUUACCACUGACCACACAAUCGUUACAAGAAUUACUAGAGAGGUUGUUGAAGACUUUGCUGCUGACAAUGUUGUCUACUUGGAGUUGAGGACAACUCCAAAGAGGAAUGAUUUGAAAGGGAUGACCAAGCAAUCUUAUAUAGAAGCGGUACUGAAGGGCCUAAGCGAUGUGGCUACUGUAGAUGUUGAUCUUGCUUGUCAGGAUUUGAGCACGAAAAAUUCUGUUGAUUCUUGUGCCAUCAGCAAUUUAUGUGAUGGAACUACAAGAAAGAAGAUAUAUGUCAGACUUCUUCUAAGUAUCGACCGUCGUGAGAGUACUGAAUCUGCAAUGGAAACUGUUAAGCUUGCACUGGCAAUGAGACAUUUGGGUGUAGCGGGUAUUGACCUUUCAGGCAAUCCCAUCGUUGGUAAAUGGGAAACUUUUUUACCAGCUUUAAAAUUUGCUAGGGAGGAAGAUCUUCCGAUAACUCUUCAUUGUGGCGAGGUACCCAAUCCAGUGGAAAUCCAAGCAAUGCUAGAUUUCCUUCCCAGGAGAAUUGGCCACGCUUGUUGCUUCGGAGAAGAAGAAUGGAGAAUGUUGAAAUCUUACAAGAUACCGGUUGAGAUUUGCUUGACAUCCAACAUCCGAACUGAAACAAUCUCUUCCCUUGAUGUUCAUCAUUUUGGCAUUUGUUGCUUUUGUCUUACUGGACAAUUUGCAAUUUUGUUGUCCCCAUCGGCCACAAGCUAAUAUCUCAGUGAUGUUCAUCUUUGGAAUAGUACUUCUUACACUACACCUGUGACACCUCUUUGUAAGCACCAAUUAAAAAUUCCAUUGAUCAACCACCACUAAUUUCUAUUUUUCCCACGUCUUUAUAUUAUAUUCAAUUUUCCAUUACUUACGAAAUCUGCUCAGCAAGAACCUUUAUAUUACAAAACUUUCUAAUCAUGUUUAAAGAUUAUGAUAUAACAUAAAGGAAUCAUAAGUACCGAUUUGUUGUUAUAAUCUAUAAGCAUGAAUGGCUGUAUAGAGUUAUUGGAAAAUAGGCUUAACUCAAGAUCUCCAUUGUACUUGAUUGGUAACUAUCACUCUUCUCAUUCUCCAGUGACGACUUUGGGCCUUUAAAGUUUCUUUAGGUAUUGGAGCGGUAAAAGAAUCAUUUUUGUUAAAAUAGCUACAUUAGGGUUCCUUAGGAAUUUACUAACAUGCCCCUUAAAAAUGAAAACUAAUUAUGAAACCCAAAAUAGUAACAGUAAUAUCUUCUUCUUUUUUCAAUAAUAAAAUAGUAACAGUAAUAUCCCUUGUUAUUAAUUAAUAUAUGUAAUAUUUUGGGGUACUACAAAAUAUAAGGCAGGGUAUGAUAAAAGAAGUGUUGAUGUACACUCGGCAAUUAGUUGGUAACUUGUAUUUUCGGAAGAUUUGCUGG